AAAGUGUUUCAACCAGCUUGGGACUGUUUGCCAUAGCGUCACGUACGUGAGGUUCGUUAGAAUUCUGGAUGAGCACCUUUCAAAGGCUGCCAAAGUCAUUUUUCCUGGAAUACUGCUGUAAGCAGUUUGACUUGGCAUCCUACUUUUGGGCUGGUUUUUCACGCCAGACCUUUUUGGUGGGUGGGGAGAAGCCGUUGAAUUUGAUUAGGUUAUGUGCAAAGAAGUACGGUCGUCGCGCGAUACUUUUUUCGACAUAGUUUGUGAGUUUCAACAUUUUAUUGUUUCUAUCUGCUUUAGCUCUCUUUGUGUUUGCUUGGUAAAUUUAAUCUGAUGUUAUUUACUCUGGAUUAACGGGUGAGGGAAAAAUCGCAUCCGAUAAUUCUAUCUCUGGUUGGACGCCGUAGGAUUGUGACGAUUGCGGAUUGCCUGUUAUUUGUCUUCGGAAUAGAUAUUAAUCAUAUUAUUAAUUAAUAUUUAAUCAUUUAUGAUUAUGCAUCCAAGCUUGUCUUCCAAAAGAUGACACUGAACAGGGACGAAAUUUUCGACGGGGAUUUACCUGCCCCCGCUACGAGUAGUAUUUGACGUUGGGAAGCGUUUCCCUUUUACCUGUUUGUUCUCGUUGGCUGAAUUUGUUAUCCGAGUUUCAUUGUUGGGAAUGGCCGUAAUGAAUGGCCGUUCGCAAGUCUUCGUCAAUAACGGACCAUAUGCAACCACCAACGGGCAUAUUACCGUACCUCACGUAACAGUACAGAAUGUCCUUGUACGGAUCAACUUUGCCAGGAUUGUCAUCGUGAUCACGCUGCUUCCGUUCUGCGGAUUAUUGGUGUGCUUAUUUUCUUGCAUGCUCUUCCAGUUCGAACAGGUGACAAUCACUUUCUGUCCCGUGACGAACUAUCUGCCAUCCAUCUCGGCCGUCACGGGAGUGCGUCCACAAACGCAUCUCUGGCGAUUGUGUAUAGCCCUGCACUGUACGCCGCGCUUUCUUAUCGCGCUACUCUACCGGGCAACAUUUAAACAGAACCUGGACCGACUGCAUCCCAGCGGCCCCUUCUGGUCGUGGUAUAGUAAAAUUAUCACUGUGGAUUUUGCCUUCAGUGUGGUGGAAAACAUCUCCCUGCUGAUGGUGUCAGUGGUAUCCAGUCCGGAUAAUUAUCCGGUCCAUGAAAAGUGUUUUAUCACGUUUUUAAUCACAUCCAUCGGACACAUGAUAAUGUGCUGUUAUUUAUACCCGAAUCUGUUCUUCCAGCCGUUCUUAUCGGAAUGUGAACGCACGAAAUCUCUUUUAUGGAAACGGAGAAUACUCAGUUUGGUGUUCAUGUUGGCUGCUGGCAUGGCCAUAUUCUUUUUCCGCCAUCGGAGAUACUGUGCGCCGGGCGCGUUCAGUUAUUUUGCAUUUUGUGAGUAUUGGCUGGCCAUAUUGAAUAUGGGCUUUCAUGCAACCUCGUGCUGGGAUUUUGUGGGGAAGGAAUUAGUAAUUGCCGGAUGGCCCAAAGACGAAUUGGUGGUUAAUGGGAAAUCGUAUGAAUAUGCGCUGCAGCUAUCCAAAAGCAACUCAGACAAAGCGUCGGAAUAAUGUUUUGUGAUUAUGUUGUUACUCCAUUUGUAUCUCGCGUUUAGGUUAACGCUUUUUUUAUGUUUUUAGUUUUUGUGGUUUUGAGCAUUCCUACCGCUUCUGAUAUUAGAGACGGAUUCUCAACAGAGUUUUAAAUUUCCUAUUAAUUGUUGAUUUUUUUCUUUUGAUAAAUUUUAUUUGUUUCGGAACUUUAAAAUAAGAAAAGUCGCGCAACGUGCUUUGUCUACUCUACUGUGUCACUUUUCAGUCAGCAGACUGCCAAAAAACUUUUCCUGGGUUUGUCCAAAGGAAGUCUCUGAUGACACAUUUCCGGUGUUUGAUAGGUUUGCACUGUAACGGAACCAUCUGUCACGUGCACAGAUUCAUUAGCCGAUUA